AUGGCUUCUGGACUCCAGACCGAGAGGUGGACCGAGGAGAUUAUUUGCCCGAUUUGUCUGGAAUUCUUCACUGAUCCUGUUAGCCUGGACUGUGGCCAAAACUACUGUCACUCGUGUAUCACCCGGAGCUGGGAAAAGCAGGAGACAAACCGCUGUGCUGUUUGUCAGGAGACUUUGGCAGAAAAGAACCUCAGGGUUAAUCGGGCCCUGGCGAGUCUAGCAGAGAGAGCUCGGAAAUUCAGCCUGACCCCGACACAGACGGAAAUUAACCUUCAGUGUGAGAAACACCGGGAGGAAUUGAAGCUGUUAUGUGAAUCUGACAAGAAAUUGUUGUGUUUAGUUUGCAGAGAUGCGCGAGAACACAGGGAUCACAGAUUCCUGCCCAUUGAGGAAGCUGUUGAAAUCUACAAGGAUCAAGUGAAAUCCUCCUUAGCUUCUCUCGCACAGAUGAAGGAAACUGCUCUACAAGCUGAAGCCAAACAGAAUCAAAAUAUUUCACAACUAAAGGAACAGGCGAGCAGUCUGCAGACCCAAGUCAAAAACGAUUUUGCUAAAAUACACCAGAUCCUGACUGACAGAGAGCAGCGGGUAAUGAUAGAUCUCAGACAGCGAGAGGAGGAGAUUUUACAACGGAUGGAGACAAACCUGCGAGAGAUUCGGAGCAAUUUAGAUUCAGUUCAACAAGAAAUCUCAGAGUUACAGACACAGAUGAAAAGAGACGGGCCGAUCUUUUUGCAGAUCCCCUCUGUUCACCACAGUACUCAGUGCUCACAGACACAGCCCAGAACCAAAGACACUGAAAGGAUAUCCACACAGGAGCCCUGCCCUCACCAUGUGGCCAGGACUCAGGCCCUCCUCACUGAAGCGCCAGAGCUGCAGGAUCAUAAUCUGGGAGAUUGUGAAGUGAAGCAAAUGUGCAAGGAUCUGAGGAACCUGGAGUGUAAAAUACCGAGUCUAUGGCUGAGCGACAUCGAUCUGACAACUGGUAGCACCGAGGACUUGACCUCCGAUCUCAAAUCCCACCCUCUCCCGAACCCAACACUCCCACCCACGCCCAACCCCGUUAUUCCCAACCUCGCCUGA